GCCGACAAUCGAGUCGACGCCGCUCCUCGAGCCUGCCUUCAAUUCGUGGGCGGAAGGACUCGGCGUGAUGCGCAUGGCGCUGCCCUUGAUGGCAACGUUUGUGCUGGAGAGUCUUCCAACGCUGCUGGCGCUGGCCAUUCUCGGCCACCUGGAAGUGCCAGAGGUCCAAGACUACGUUAGCGCCGCCGCCCUCUCGACAAUGCUCACGACAGUGACGGGGAUUUCGGUCGGUAACGGGCUCAUCUCGGCCAUGGACACACUGAGUUCGCAAGCCGUUGGCGCCAAAAAACCAGAGCUGCUCGGACUCCACCUGCGCACGGGUGUACUCGUCGUCGGAGCUGCAUAUGUGUUGAUGGUCCUCAUCAAUGUCAACGCUCAAAGUAUCCUGGAGAUGCUCGGGCAGGACGCCAGAGUGGCCUCCCUCGCUGGCGCCUACUCCCGCAUCACGAUCUUCGGCCUCCCCGGACUCUUUCUCUAUGAGCUCGCCAAGCGCACGCUACUGGCGCAGAACAUUGCGUCGCCGAUGGUGCACAUUGCGCUUCUCAGCAAUGGCAUCUACGUUGCGCUUGCGUACAUCCUUUGCUACCACUCGUCCCUGGGUUUCUACGGCGCCGCAUUCGCCUGGCUUGUCUCUUAUUGGAGCCUCGCGCUCCUCACGCUACUGUACCUCUGCGUCUCGUCUGCGCACCGCUCGUGGGCGCUGGAAACCACGAGUUGGCGACAAGCAAGCAUGCACGCGCCUGCUUUCUUGCAGCUCGGUGCCGCAGGCAUGGCGAUGAUGCUCAUGGAGUGGUGGGCGUUCGAGCUCAUGGCGCUCUUCGCGGGCAUGCUCGUCCAUCCUGCGGUGGCCAUUAGCGUCCACGCCAUCGUCGCCAACGUCUCGUCAUCGGUCUACAGCAUCUUUCUCGGUGUCUCGGUAGCCACGGGUGUCCGCGUUGGGCAGCUGAUUGGCGCCGACAACGUCACACACGCCAAGCACAUGUCGGCACUCGGUCUCGGGCUCACAGCGGCCACUGGUGUGCUCGUCGCUCUCGUGCUCGUGGCGGCUCGGGCCUACAUCCCAAAGUGGAUCGUCAACGACCCAAGAACAAUCGCGCAAGCGCAGCACACGCUGCUGGUGCUAGCGAUUUUCGAGGUGCUCGAUGGCGUCAACUGCACGGCCAAGGGCAUUCUACGUGCCAUGGGCAAGCAGCACCUUGGUGUCUACGUCAGCCUGCUUGCUUACUAUGUCGUUGGCGUCCCGCUGGCUGCACUUGUCGGGCUCUACUACGCUGUUGGGGUCGCCGGUCUUUGGGUCGGUCUUGCAGCCGGUGUCUCCUUCUCGGCGCUGACGCUGACUGGCAUCGUCCUGUACCCACGCAACUGGUCCACCAUUGUCAACCAUGCGACGAAAGCGUCGAAUUCCCUUGCGUAAUCGAACGUAGAUCGGACUGAUUUCUUAUACACAG